GUCAACAAACGCUAUCCGCGGAGGUGAUUGCGUGUUGAAAUUUUCCUCACAUUUUUUCACUUAGUGACCUCAUAAUUGCCAGAAUCAUGAAGGACAGAUUGGUUUUCAGCCCGUAUAUGUGAUUUACACAAUCCAAAAUGAGUGAGAGUGACAUGUACGGGACGACUUUGUCCCAAGAAUCUAUUAAAGUAAUAGCCGAGACGAUCGGCAUCCCCAAUUUACCAGACGAAGCGGCAAAAGAACUUGCAGAGGACGUGUCGUAUAGACUUAAGCUGAUCAUUCAGGAUGCUGCAAAAUUUAUGUUCCACGCCAAAAGACAAAAACUCUCCACAUCUGACAUUGAUGCUGCUCUGAAAGUCAAAGGAGUAGAGCCCUUAUAUGGGUUUCACACAGCAGACCAUAUUCCUUUUCGUUUUGCUUCGGGGGGUGGAAGAGAACUCCAUUUUAUUGAAGAAAAAGAACUGGAUCUUAAUGACCUUGUUAAUAGUCAACUUCCUAAACUUCCUCUUGAUGUAUCCAUAAGGGCUCACUGGUUAGCAAUUGAAGGGGUUCAGCCAACUAUCCCUGAAAAUCCUCCACCAGUCUCAAAGGAUGCUCAAAAGUUGGAGAGUGUUGACCCAGCCUCUAAGCUAGGUGCUAACAAGGAUGGCUCAAAAUCAGCAGUGAAAGUACAAAAACCUCGUAAUGUGGAAACAGUUCAUAUAAAGCAGCUUGCUACACAUGAGUUGUCUGUUGAACAGCAGCUGUAUUAUAAAGAAAUAACUGAAGCUUGUGUUGGAUCUGAUGAAGCACGCAGAACAGAAGCUCUGCAGAGUUUGGCUGCUGAUCCUGGAUUGCAUGAGAUGUUACCAAGAAUGUGCACAUUUAUUGCAGAAGGUGUUAAAGUUAAUGUUGUCCAAAAUAAUUUAGCUUUCCUUAUUUAUCUCAUGAGAAUGGUUAAAGCUCUGCUGGAUAACUCAACUCUUUUCCUGGAAAAAUAUUUGCAUGAACUGUUGCCAUCUGUUGUAACAUGUAUAGUAAGUAGACAACUUUGUCUGCGACCAGAUACAGACAACCAUUGGGCUCUGAGAGAUUUUGCCAGUAGGCUCUUAUCUCAAAUUUGUAAAAAUUUCAACACAUCUACAAAUAACAUUCAAACCAGAGUCACUCGAAUGUUCAGUCAAGCCUUGCACGAAGAAAAAACACCAUUAGCUUCUUUGUAUGGGGCUGUUGAAGGAUUAUCAGAAAUUGGGCCUGAAGUGGUGAAAGUCUUUGUAUUACCAAGAAUGAAGUAUCUUGCAGAGAGGAUCGAACCUGCACUGGAAAGUCCUAAUUUUAGCCAAGUUGAUCGCAUUGCGGCUGGACAUAUUAAGCAUCUGCUGUUGAAAAUACUUCCACCCAUUUUAAAAUCUAUUCGGUCACCACCUGAUAAUUUGGAUGACUAUAAGCUAGAGUAUGGAUUCAUAGGACCUCUUUUACAUUCAGCUGUAGUUAAAGCAAGAUCUGCUCCCCAAACUCCAACAUCAACCACAGGAAGUGGAGGAACAAGUAAUUCAAACAUGACUGGAGCUGUACCAUCAGGAGUUCUUCCAACCACUCCAAGAUCCAUAACUCAACUUACUGGUGUGUCACCUGGUGGAGGAGGUAGACCAAUUGUAGUUGCCAGCAGUCCAGCAAGUGGCUCCCGACAACUUGUUUCUCCAGCUAAUUCACAACAAAAGUAUGUUAUAGUCACAUCCCGCCAAAAUUCAUCAAGUCCACAGGUUAUUACUCAAAAUCAAAAUGUGCAAGGAACUGGUGGAACUGCAGUUGUAAAAUUGGCUUCCAAUCAGAUAGUUAUGGUUGCAGGAGGAAACAAUUCUGCAUCUCAGUCGGCUGCCAUGGGUGUCAAGUCUGUCUUCGUACAGCAAUCUCAGCCUGCUAUUAAAGUGGAGUCCCAAAGUCAGCAAGUAAAGGCAGAACCAUCAUCCUCACCAACUCAGAGUGUUACCUCCCCUGCUUCUAUUGUGAUGAGUGCUGCCUCGCCAAUAACCCAAGCAUUUUCAGAUGAUGUCCUUCCUCUGAGUUGAAAUCCCUUCUUUUUAUUGCCUUUUAUUGAAAUAAAAAUAUUUGAAGUUGCAACCUUUGUUAUUUGCAAAGGAUGGGGGUAAAAGUGAGCCUAGUUUCAUGUAAAUACAACUUGUGUCUGUAAGUAUGUAUACUAUCAAUUUGGGCUGGUUCUGUACAUUCAAUUGUAGAAUUGAAGGCUGUAGGAUAAAAUUUAAUUGUUGGGCAGAAAUCUUUUGUUAAAAGCACUGCAAAAUAAAAUUAAGAGUUUUUAUAAAAUUCUUGUAACUGUAAAACAUCUGAUCAAAUAAUUGUCAGUUAUGUAAUAAGUAUGAAGAGGAAAAUAUAUACGUUAAACUAAGAUUUAAAAA